GGGAGUUAUUGGGACUUGGAACUGCAUGUGGUGUGAAGGAUAACCCUACCACUGGUACACUCCCAGUAUCUGUUCUAGAAGGAAAUGUACAGUUUACUGGUGAUAAUCUUUGUUCUACGAAACGCUGUGAUACAAGCUGUGCAGGUGAUUGGGGGGAGCGUGUCUGUUAUCCAGGGAGACACCGCUGUUUUUCCCUGCUUCCUCACUGAAACUACAGAAAGCCUGACUCAGAUUACCUGGCAAAGGAGAACCAGACUGAUUAAAGACAACACUAAUUUCUACACCAUUUUGAAAUCAAACGGUCCGUUUUACGUCAAUGGGCAGGAUGAGCGAUUCCACUUUGUAGGAAAUUUUUCUCUAAGAAAUGGAUCGUUGCAAUUGUCCAACGUGACACUGUCUGAUGAAGGGACCUAUACAUGCAUAUACACUUUGUUUCCUAGUGGUAACGUCAAGACAGAGAUACCGCUGAAUGUACUAGUGCCUCCAGAAACCACACUGAAAGACAAUUUCCUCACUGUGGGGAAUGAGGAGGUAGUUCUUGCGAUUUGCAAAGCUGCAUAUUUCUGGCCUUCAGCGAACGUGGGCUGGGACUUAGGAAGACUGUCUCUGCUGCUGAGAGUAACAAACAAUUCAACCCAAAACGCGGAUGGGACAACCACUACAGUCAGCACUUUGCUUGGUACUCCCACAAGAAACCUCCACAAUCAUUCCAUACAAUGUGUAGUCAGGAGUCCAGCAUUACCAAAUGGGACCACACUACCUCUCAAUAUUCAGAUCCACUUCCCACCAAGUGAAGUCAGGAUACGUGAACUAUCCAAAACUUCAUUUGAGUGUGUGUCUGAAGCCAACCCAGAGGCCAACUACACAUGGAGAAGAAGUGGAUUGCCGUGGUCAGACUCAGCAGUGAAGGUCAGUGGUGCAGUGCUGCAGAUUCUUAAUCCCUCUCCACACGUGAACGGUCUGUUUGAGUGCAAAGCAACCAACACCUAUGGGACGAAUCUAGGACACCUCUACCUGCAUCUAUCUUCUGAAGGAAGCUCUACUGCUGGCUGGAUCUUAUUUGGUCUUUUACUUUUCAUUAAUAUUGCUGUUGCUGCAUGGUGUAUUUAUAGGUCAGAUAAAAAGUUCAGCAUUCCCUGUUUGGACACAAGCGAAGAUGAAACCAGAGAAACAGGGACAGCUUUAGAACCACAAGGGCCAGAAGUACAACCUUUAAAUGUGGAAGUCCCCCCCUCAUCAUCACCAUCUUAAGAAUAACUGUAGGUCUCGGUUGUAUUUGUAUGUUUUAAUUUAAGCAUUAAGUUGGUUUUAUUUGGGACUAAUAACCAACUCAAUUCUCUCUUUUUAUCCAACAUUUGUGUAGCCAAUGGCAGAAUUUUUUUAAUCCUAUUUUGCUACUAGCACAAGUUGUCUGGAGCAAUGGUAGAUCAUCUGCUGCGUUCAUGGUGCCUUAUUGUCAAAUGUGCCGAAAGUUUUACUGGUCACCAUAAUGAUGAAAACCACUGAGUGCGUAUACAUGCACAUCAAUAACCCAGUUAUUAGCCAUAUCCUGGUUAUGUCAGUAUUCGGGUUACUGCGUUUACAUCAAGCCCCCAGGUUCCAAAAUGGCCGCCCAUUCAAGUCAAUGGGCUGAGCUCAAUGGCGCAUGAUCCCAGAUUAGCCUAGCCCGGCUAGGUACUUCCGGUGGCUGUGGGCCGACCGAGCAUGCGCAGUAUUGUUCUUUUCUCCCACGGGCACACGCGAAUGCACGCGACCACACGCACGGAGCGCGGGCUCGUGUAUCACGUGAUCGCUUUGACCAAUCAGAGCGAGAGGAACGAGAGCGGAGCCGGAGCUAACGAAUAUAAAGCGUUUUUUUAAGACAACUGAAGGAUUUUGAGCGAGAAAAAGUUUAUGAUCUAAAAAUAGGUAAAAAUCGCCACAAAAUCCGACAUUUUUGAAAGUUGUAGGUGCCCUGUCAGCCGAACACGAGCAGGUUGUGAUUACAUUGCGCUCUAUGAGAAAAAUCUUCUCUCGGCCCAUGGGAUUUUUUCGACUGUAGUACCACUGAGUGGCCACUACGUCAACUCGAGGCAGCUACAAGCUAGCAAUACUGUAUCCAGUUAUUUUAAUAGAUCCAUGGUUUACAUGCGCACUGAGAAACCGGGAUACUCAUAUCCGCGUAUACAUGAUGAAAUGGAGUAUCCCGGUUUCUUGACAUAAUCUUACAAAUGCGCAGGCGCAAAAAUUAACUUAAAUCAAUUUCAUAAACCAGGAAAAAUACAAACCGUGAGCUCCUUUAGCAUAAGAAGCUAAGGAGCUACGAGAUAUCCCACAAUCCACUGUGCAGAUUCUUCAUUAAAAUCUGCAUAAAUAAACUCAACUUUACAACAUAUAAACCAUAAACACUAUAGAGCUACAUCAGCCCGUUUGAUCAGAUAAUUCAGCUGUGAUCAUAUUUGUUUACGUUUUACAGAAACGAAACUUAAGACCGUUUGGCUAAUUAGCAUAAACUGUUAGCGGCGAUAAGAACAACUCGCUCCUUGCGCCGCUGAUGCGUUCCGUUUUUUUUGGACUAAAUGACACGACUCUGUGGAUUAUGUGUGUUAUUUCUGUGAUAGAAGAGGCGCUAAUGAUGGUAAGUGUGUUCCGUGCAUAUAGAGUAUAGGAGAUAGUUCAUGUUUUAGCUUUUCAGCGAUCACACGAGUGCAGGUCGUACGAGUGCAGAUAGUACGUGUGCAGGUUUAGCGCAGCUCUUAAUUUUAAUAAUACUUUACACUAGUACAGUAUGUAUACUAAUAUAGCCUUGUUAUGAAAAAAUAGAAUAAACAGCACAACACAACAAAUGACACAUUUUUUUAUAUUUUCCAAUAAAGAAA